CCGGCGUACUUUCAAAUUUGACAUUGACAAUUGACUGAUGUUUGUUGUAGGUUGUUGUUUUGCCGCUAUAUAACAAAUUUUAUUUGUAUUUUAUCUAAAAUAAUCUAAUUAAUCCGUUAUCAAAAUGACGAUCGGAAAGAACAAUAAAAUGCAACAGCAUAUAAAUUAUCGAGUCAGAGUGAUAUUACAAGAUUCUCGUACUUUUAUAGGAACGUUUAAAGCGUUUGAUAAACAUAUGAAUUUGAUAUUGGGGGACUGCGAAGAAUUUAGAAAAAUUAAAUCCAAAAACAGUAAAACCGCGGACCGUGAAGAAAAGCGAACGUUAGGUUUUGUAUUGCUACGAGGAGAAAAUAUUGUUUCAUUAACUAUUGAAGGUCCUCCGCCACCGGAAGAAGGAUUACCCCGUGUUCCUUUACCUGGUGCCAUUGGAGGUCCAGGCGCUGGUCGUGCGGCAGGUCGCGGCGCUGGAUUCGGAGGACCUCCACCAGGUCUUCAAGGACCUGCGAGAGGAGUAGGUGGACCGUCACAACAACAUAUGGCACCUGGUGGCCGUGGACAAAUGUCGGCGCCUCCACAAAUGAGAGGAGGACCUAUGAUGGGAGGCCCACCACCGGGCAUGAUGGGUGCCCCACCUGGCAUGGGUCGAGGAGGACCGGGUCGUGGCCCUCCAGGAAUGCGCCGUUACUAAAGUGUAUUUUUCUAAUAUGUGUAAUACUAGAAAAUAUUUUUGAAUAUUGUGGCAAUUGGUGUUUAUACAAAUAAGUAUGAUUUACAAUUAUUGAAAAGGAGUAAAUGAGAUACCUGGUCAUAAGUGUUAAUAAAGUGAAUGAUAAUAAUGUGUGUGUUUAAAAAAAUAAACCAUCUGUCAUUAAACAGCUACUAUGUGAAAGGUUAUUUGAUUCCUAUCAUAAUAAAUUACUUAUUAUGUAA